ACUAUAUUACCCCAGGAAGGAGGGGAGCCUCGUGAGUCCCUUCCCCCUUUUUUCUUUUCUUUUCUUUUCUUUUCUUUUUUUUUUUUUUUUUUUUGAGACAGGGUCCUACUAUGUACCCAAGGCUGACCUUGAACUUGAGAUCCUCCUGCCUCCACUUGCUGAAUACUGGGGUGAUUACAGGUGUGCACAGCCACCUCUGGCUCAGAAGUAUCUUGGGACAACUUUGUUUCUUUUUAAAACUUGAGACUGUAUAACUGACAAGCCCUCUAGUUCUAACACCCUAACUGACGAAUAGAUGGACUUAACAAAAAUGUAGAUGAGUCCCUCAGGGUUUCUUGGUUUUAUAGCUAAUAGGCUUGGGCCCUGGUACCAUCAGUUGAUCCUCCCAAACCUAGUGUUUUCAUCUCGGACUUUCUCUUGCUCUCCCUUCUUAGUUCCCCAUCCCGGUCCCGAUGUGCCAUAUCCUAACCAACACCAGGAAGCUGUAUCUGUAGACUGUAGAGCGAUGGAGGAGGCAGGAGGCACCAAGGAUAAGCAUUUACAGCGUCUAGACCUCUCCUUCGCUUUAUCCUUCCGUGUACAAAGCAGGCCAUCACUACAAUAUGUGAUGAGAGGGAUUUAGUGGAGAAAGCCAGGGGCUUAGUUCAUUAUACCACAGUGCCUCACAAACUCAGCUGGGGGGGGGGGGUCACAAAGUUUGUUUAAACAGUUGAAGAUGUCAUCCAAAGACAACCUGGAAAUUCUGAAGCAGGGUUAACUUAUGUUGGAGAAAGAGCUCUUUACAUGAAAGUUAUCUCUACUUUGUUUUGGAAAAAUUCAAAAUCUAGUAACUGAGGCAGGCAUAGCCGUCCUCCCCAGUGGUCCCGGGACUUUAGAAGCAGAGGCAGGCAGGAAGAUCCAUGGCUACUUCUCAGUUCAUUUUCUCACGUUUGUUUGGGCCUCGAUAGUCUAAAAUGAAAAUGGACCUAAGUUUCAGAGAGAAAGGAAGGGGGCAGUGUGAACCCUAGAAGGUAGCCAACCCCUGCUGACUGGGAGUUACUCCCAGAAGGCUGUCCUCCUGCAGUUGCUAGGCAACGAGUGUAAACAGCACUGGAUCAUGGCCACUAACUACAGUGCCAACCAGUAUGAAAGGGCUUACUUACCCAGGUACCUGCAGAACUGGUCUCCUGCCAAGCCAACAAAAGAGAAAAUCGCUACCCAUGAAGGUUACACUCAGAUAAUCGCCAACGAUCGAGGUCACCUCUUGCCUUCAGUGCCCCGUUCCAAGGCAAGUCCUUGGGGUUCCUACAUAGGCACCUGGCAAAUGCCCCUGAAGAUACCACCUGCUAAGGCGAACUUGACCGCCCGUACAACGGCUGCUGCCGACUCCCUCACCGAAUGGAUACACAAGAAUCCUGACCUACUCAAUGCCUGUAAUGGGCUGCGUCCUGAAAUCAUCGGCAAGCCCCGUGAUCUCAACAGUCAGAAGAAACAGAAGAAAUCUGUCACAAAGACUGUACAACAAGCACUAAAUCCAACCAUAAUCCCCAGCUCCCCGGUGAUCCAAGGAGACAACCCGGAUGAACCUCAGAGCUCACACCCCUCUGCGGGUCACACUCCAGGUCCCCAGACACCACUCAACUCUCCCAAGAAUCCACCUCCGAGCCCAAGUUAGAGCACCAAGCGGGGCUUAGUCUAGCUGAGAUCCAGAUGAGCAAAGCUGUGCGGGGUAAAGGCCAUGCUAGGGUGACAUUUUAGAUACUGAUUGAAAUAAACAAGACCCUGUAUUCAGAAGUGUGGAAUAGGGAAAUGGUGGGCCAGGAGUAAAGGUAAAUUUGGGAAAAUAAACAUUGUUUGCUUGUUAAA